AUGAGUGCAACGCGUGACCGUCCCGCCGAGUUUUCCACGGAAUUGCCAACCCUCGUCAAGGGGUACAAGCGUUUUAUCGCGACAGAUUUGGAAGUGGGUGCCCAGACGUCCCAGUCGAAGCGACCGUUACUGUACGAGAUGUUUGAACUCACGGGGCACAGUGUGCUCAUUGGGGACCACAAGUCUGCCCUGGGAAGGCGAUUGCGUCGGCAUACAAAUCCCCCGGCACAAGUCGGCCAGUCGGCCCAAGAAGGGGGGAUGACCCACACACCCAAGCACUGUUAUGCAAACACGUUCCAACCCAACAUGUGGGUGGUGCUGGCGUUGGACAUGUGCCCUCGCGAUUCGUUGGGCAUGUACCUGGAGAUGCACUCGUAG